GUGAGGGCACUGGCCGAGCUGCAUCACCAGCACAUGCCCAACGUCACGUCGGCUCCCCGAACCACCAUCAACAACAGCAUGGCACCCGUUUCGUCCAUGGCAGGUGGCGCGGUGUACAGUUCAUCCAUGCGCUCCGACCCGCCCGUGUACGCGGACCUGAACACUUUCAACCCCGCCAUCAGCACCACCAACCCAGCGAUGAACUACACGAGUGCCCCGCCGCAGCACACCGUGAGCACGCAGCUGCCCGUCCAGCACCCGCGGCUUCAGGCGCUGAAAGAGGAGCCCCAAACGGUGCCCGAGAUGCCCGGCGAGACCCCACCUCUCUCCCCCAUCGACAUGGAGAGCCAGGAGCGGAUUAAAGCCGAGAGAAAGCGGAUGAGGAACCGAGUCGCCGCAUCCAAAUGCCGGAAGAGGAAACUUGAGAGGAUCUCCCGGCUGGAGGAUAAAGUCAAGACCCUGAAGUCCCAGAACUCCGAGCUGGCGUCUACCGCAAACAUGCUGCGCGAGCAAGUGGCCCAGCUCAAGCAGAAAGUCAUGAACCACGUCAAC